CAUCAGUAAGUGAAAUGACCGUUUUAAUUGAAAGAAUUUCCUGAAGUACAUUAAUGCAAACAAGGAAUUUUAUGCUGUUGUGUAUGAAGCGAGCUCUUACCCACGUUAAAGCUUCGCUUUGAAUAUGUUUUCGCAAUGGCAUUCUACGACGACCGCAAGUUCCUACUAUCCCACAUCCACCACUCUUUCAUCACUUGCGAUGACACGGGAAUGUGCGAAAUGGCCAUGCUCAACGAAGUUGUCACCGACAAAGGCCUACAGAAGUCGGACAGCGAAGACGAAAAUCCGGAAGUCAAAGUACUCGACUACUAUUCUGGUGCCCUGGAGUCGGAGCUCUUGGAAGCUGGUCAGUCCUAUGACAUCGUAUCCGGAAUGGGUUUCAUAGGAGGACAUCGAUACAGGUCGAACACGGCUCAAAGACUGGAAAGACUGAAGAAAGAACGCCAAGUUCAAGCCAAGAUAACUCAUGUUCAAUGGAAAGAGUAUCCUUCAGAACUGAAUGAAAAUGAGUUGUCUGCACUUUUUCCUAAAAAAGAUGUUUCUAAAAAGGAACAUAAGCCUCCUUCAAAAUCUGCACUCAGUGAAGCCUUAGCAUCAUGUCCCGCUACUCCUAAUAAUCCCUUCAAUGAAUAUGCUCAUUUUGAUGGAAGGCUCAAUCGUUCUACACCAUCAAAGAAGAUCAUUAUUUAUUUAACUAUGUUACCGGAAGCAGAAGCCAGUUAUGGAAUGGAAGUAGUCUGUGUAUCAAGUGCUCGAGUUCAGGAAUUGAUUGGACUUGUUUGUUGGAUGUACACAAAUGAAGAAUAUAAGCCAGAGUUAAAGCCCUCAGUAUCAAAUUAUUGUUUGAAAAUUGCAGAAGAAACUGGUGAAGUGGAUGAAGAUUUUCCUAGUUUAGAUGAUAAUGAAUAUGUUGGAAAAUUUGGAUUCCCUUUUUUGGCAUUGGUAGAAAGGCAAACGAAAAACUCUCUGUUUGUGACAAUGCAUAUUGAAGAUGAACAAACAAAAUUUGAAGUAUCCGGUUUAAACUUAACCUUGAGAGAAGUUGCUGACCUGGCUAGCCAAAGAGUGUUUGUUAAAGAAUCAAAAGCAUACCACAUUGAAAAGUUGGAUGAGCCCGGAGUUGCUAUUCCUCUUGAUAGUAAAUUAUCAAAUUUCAAAUGUCUGGUGUUUCGAUUGGUAUUUGAAGAUAAUGUCCGCAAACAAAGAGAGACAGAGAUUGAUGAAUAUGAUGCACAUAUGAAAGCUGUUGAAGCACCUUUGUACAGAACUUUUAAUGUUUCAUUCUGUCAAAAGAUGGGAAUGAAUUAUGAUGUCCAAUUAGGAAUAUCAGGUGAAAAAGUUGAGAUAAACCCAUUGCCCCCCAAAGGUGCAGCUAAAUUAUUAAGUAGACAGCAGAAGCCUGCCAUUUACUAUAUGGAUUGUAUCGCUGCUUGUGAAAUAGUGUCUAAAAGAUAUAAUCCAGGUAAAUGCAUUUUCAAGCUGGUGUAUAAAAAUGACUCUGAGUUUAAAAAACUCACAUUUGAAACAGAUACACAUGCUGCUCAAGACAUAGUGAAGAAAGUGCAAAUAAUUCUAGAAAUGCACUCAAGCAAUACAUGUAAAGAAUACCAGUUAUACAGAGAAAAGAAACUUCAGAAAAGAGUUCAGAAAUCACAACGCAGUUUCAGCAAAUCAUGACAU